AUGGCUGCUACGAAGGUUGCGAUUCUGGGAGCCACGGGCCAGAAUGGCAGCUCCAUCGUUACUGGUCUGCUUUCCGCAAGCCACAACUUCGAUAUCACGGCCCUUGUACGGCCCUCUUCGUUGAAGAAGAAGAAAGUACUGGACCUCGAGAAACGAGGCGUGAAAAUAGCAUCCUUCGAUAUCGACGGUCCUGAGGACGCCACCGUAUCACAGCUCCAGGGCCUUGAUGUCCUCAUCGUGUGCUGCAUCCUCAACGAGGUGCCUCUGAUUGAUGCAGCUAAGAAGGCAGGAGUAAAGCGCUACGUCCCAUGCUUUUAUGCUACGGUGAUGCCUCGGGGCGUCCAGACAUUACGUGACAACAAGGAGGCUUUUAUCGAUCAUAUCCAGCGCGUACACCUGCCCUACACUAUCAUCGAUGUCGGCUGGUGGUAUCAGAUCAGCCUCCCGCGCCUUCCAUCGGGUCGACUAGACCGCAAUCUUUUCCUUUACAACACUGCAAUCGGCGGCGAUGGAAACGUUCCUUCCGCCAGAACUGAUUCGAGGGAUAUCGGAGCAUAUGUCGGACGCAUCAUCACGGAUCCUCGCACUUUGAAUCACAAGGUUUUCGCGUACACAGAUCUUCGCACGCAGAACGAGCUUUGGGACACUGUAGCGAAGCUCAGUGGUGAGACUAUUGAAAAGAAAUACCGCACCGCCGAGGAGAUUGAGGAGGGCAUAGCCACAACCAAGGAUGACCAGAUGAAGAUGAUGGACUACUUCCAGUACACCUAUCAAAAGUCGUACGACAUCAUGGGCGAAAACUCUCCCGAGUAUGCUCGUUAUCUUGGCUACCUGAUUGGGAAGGAUUUGUAUCCCGACUUCCAGGGCAUUUCUUUUGAGGAAUUUGUCCACCAUACGCUGGAGCACGGUUUGGAGCCCAUGUACGAAGAGUAUGGAGACUUGAUUGGUGCUACGAGCUCGUUCGUCUUCAAGGGCGAGGCCGCCUUGCCCUGA